AUGGUGAAUGUUCGAAGUUCAUUUUACAUUCUUUCGUCGUAUCGCAGAAGAGCAUUCAAUACAGCAACAGUUGUCUCAACAAAACAACUGCGUAAUACUUUUUACUCCCCGCAACAAUGUCACAUACCCAGCUACACACCAAAGUGCGCAUGUCGACUAUACACGGAAGGAUUAACAAACAGACUCCAGAAAAAAUCUGAUGAACGACUAGAAGUAACAGUAAUUACACCCAAAAAUGCUGGCAUGAUGGAGGCAUUGGGGUUAGAAGAGAUAAAAACUAAAAUUCAGCCGAACGAACGAACGUAUGCGAGAUUGAUCGUGGAUAUAUGUAACGAUUCGGCGGGUGAUGUCAAGUCGGCUAUAAAAAUUUAUGAGGAAAUGAAGAAGAACGACAUUAAAAUUGAUAAUGAGAUUUAUUGCGCUUUAGUAGGAGCCUAUUUAAGAAAUAAUGACAUUGAGGCUGCUUAUGCAUUGUUUGAGUCUCUCUUACAAACAUUAAUUUCGGACAGCAACAACGGUCUUCGACAGACCUCAUCUUCUACUUCUUCUUUGUCUUUGGAAAGUAUAUCUCCACUCGUCUCUAUUAUUACAGAGUUAAUGCGUCACGGCCGCACGGAAGUGGCCUGGAAAUGCUACAAUACGCUUAAAUCCCAAAACAUUCCACUAGGACUCGAGGCAUAUCACGCGUUUUACCAAAUUCUAUCGGACACUGGACAGAUGCACGAUGCCGAAAGCCUCUUCUCCGAAAUGCUUUACUCUUGUGCCAGCCUUGAGGUUUUGAGUAUUUUUGACUUGUUGAUAGCAAAUAACUACCCUAUCAACAAUACAACCGUUUCGAUAGUUCUGGAUUCAUGUGGAUCAAUUUACCAAAUGCAUCGGACUACGCAAAUAUGGAAUUCCCUCAAACAGAAUGGGUUCGAGUUAAACGAAGAAAACGCGACGUCCUACAUUGAGGUAUUGGCAAGACACAGCAUAUUUGAAGAAGCAAAGAGAGUGCUCAUUGAAGAGAUGAAAGAGCUGGGGUUGAAACCCUCACAGAGAACAUUGAGAGCAUUGUUGACUUACUUACAUGCUUGGGAGAAAAGAGAAGACGAAUUUGAAGUUAUUGAUUGGGUGAGGAAGGAGCAUCCUGAAUUAGCUAGCGAAUUAAGGUGGAUCCAAGAUAUCAAGUCAAUCAAAGAACUUGGAUGA